AUGCAACACGUCCACGGCGCCUGUGGGGGGGAGACGGCCGCAGGGGAGACGCCUGGCGGGGCCAACCCUGGGCGAGGCAGCCCAGAGUGGGCGGGCCCUGAGCGAUGCGUCACGGGCUUUGGAGGCGGCACGGACUUUGGAGAAGCCACAGGCCUAGGAGGAGGCGGUGAAAUGGGUGGCGCUGAGGCGGGUGGUGUUGAGAUGGGCGGUGUUGACAUGGACGAGAGAGGCGGCACGGACUUUGGAGAAGCCACAGGCCUAGGAGGAGGCGGUGAGAUGGGUGGCGCGGAGGCGGGUGGUGUUGAGAUGGGCGGUGUUGACAUGGACGAGAGAGGCAGCACUAUGACGAGAGUCAGCGGCCAACAGUCGGUCGAGGCCCCGAAAGCGGGUGAUCUUUCGGACUCGUCAUCCGUCGCGAUUCCGGAUUCGGUCACGGUCGUGGCGUUGCCGUUUGCGGCGCGAGGACCCGCAUUGGGUCUGUGUUCGAAUGACCGGCGUUUGUACGUGGCAGCGUUACAGAGUGUGCAUCACCUGCGAGUGCCGUUGUUGGUGAGAGGUGACCACGCAUUGGGCAAGCAGUAUGAGUACGAGAUCCCGGGUAAGUUGGUGCACGGGAACCGGCAGUGGAUCGUGGUGGGCACGAGCAGGGACGUAUAUAUACAGGAUAAGAAGGGUCGGUGGUUGCCUCCGGUGCGGGUGGCGCCUGAGUCAAGUGGUGACUGGACGCUCAACGCUGUCUACGUGCGGAACAGCCUGUUGUUCCUGGGUGUGGGGCGGUUCGUGGUUUGUCUGGACUUGGCCGCAGUGAACAAGGCGCUGGCGGGUAGACGCCAGGCGAAGGAGGCGGUGCCGUUGCAAGCGGCCUGGGGCUCGAUGCACGCGUUGCAUACGGAAGACGUGCACGCGUUGUACUUGAUGCACAACGGGCUGCUCAUUUCGGGCGGCGACGACGGGUUGGUUUGCAUCACGAAGCUCAGGUGCUUUGACCCGCUGGUGCCCGCGGUGUUGUACAACUCGCAGGAGUACGACGACGACUUUGAAAGCAGCGAAGACCUACUCAAAAUCUGCGUAGGCAUCGGCGACUGCAUCAAACAGUUCUGGGUCGACGACAAGGUACUCUCUGUCCUUACACACACCGGCCGAACCGCGUGCUACUCCGUUGGUUGUUUAGACGCCGUCUCGCCCUCAGACACUUUCGCUUGUUUGCUCCAGCCCUCUUUCGAAGCACUCGAACUCGGCGCCGCACACGUUUGGUGCUGCCCCUGUGGCGCACGCGCAAACUGCGUCUGCGACGAACCCGGCGCCGUAGAAGUCGUCGGACUCGUCAAAACACUCCACCACGGCGUCUGCGCCGUCGUGACACACACACACGGCGGCGUCUGCGUCGUCCAACUCAAUAAAGGCAAACCCACCGUCCUCGGCCUUCUCACCGGCAUACACGACGACCACCCUCGCUCAGUCAUCUACAGCAAGGAAGACCAAAGCCUUGUAAUUGGCACUGAAUCCGGCAAACUCUACAAGGAAGCCAGCAAACUUAAAGCCGGCAUAAGCAACCCCUACCACGCCAGUCGGUAA